AUGACCGUCCUGCAAGAAUUCACUUUCGAGGCCGAGUCGAUCCUGGAGGGCGCGAUCCGGAACGCCGAAGACCGAGCCCGGCGCUACACGCUCGAGACGAGCAAGUCCGAGCACGCGCGGCAGACGACGACAGUCGAAAAUCGCGUGGCGACGAUCUGCGCAAACAUCGACUGGCGCACGCGCAGCUUCAAGAUCGGGCAGAAUGAGUCUGGGGUGGACGUCAUGAAGCGUGCGGGGAGCGCGUUUUCCAGGUGCGCCCCUGGUGUUGUGCUUCUCCCCGCUGGAGGUCCGUUGAACGAGUCCCUGUGCAGCGUGAGAUACUGGAGGUGGCUCGGGGGCGAGGAUUACCAGCUCAAGUACUCCAAUUCGGCGGAUGCGUGGACGGUGUCGGACGCGAACGGAACCGUUCUCGCCGAACUCAAAUCGUCCAUCUCACCUAUCUUCGGCCAGACGUCGCUGCCCCUACUACGUAUCAGCCCGACCGUGCGUAGCGAGGAGGAGCGCCUAUUCUUUCUGCUCGUAUUGGUGUACUCUGAGACCAAGAGGCUGGAUAGACAGGGUUGAUGAAAGUGCUCAGAUCUUGGUGUAUUUCGUCCAUGGAGAAGAUCAGCAGCGUCUCCUCAGGGUGCUACAUUGCGAAUAUACGAACGAACAGCUCGUGACGACCGUAACAAACUACUUGUCAUAUACUCGUGAUGCCUUGAUAGAAAUGCAACGGCCAACGGUCGUCGUGUUACUUCUGCGCUUGGACAGUAUUCGUCUCAUUGCUCGCAUGAUGUCAGGAAUGCCAAUCGUCAGUUUCUCAGUAACCUUCAACGGCGACAUUCAGACAAUGGUCUGUAGUCAAU